ACGAACGCAGUGAUUGAGAGUGAAGCUGAAAUGUAGUGUGUGUGAGUGGAAAAUGUGGCUUCAAGAAUUGAGGUUGAGUUUGUUUCCAAGUGUAUGUGUAUUUCCAUUGAAGUGUAACGAACAUCAAGUUCCAUGCAUGUGUAUAAUAUCGGGAUAUGCGGCCGCGAAGACGUCGUGAGAAAGCAUAAUGACGCUGGCUGCAAUAAUUGUGAACGGCGCAGGUAGAAACUAGAAGUUGACAACUGGCGCCAGUUCAUCGUGUCGCUUGUGCUACUUUUCGAUAUGACCCAAUUUUUGACGUAGCUUCAGUUGCCAGUGACGUAUGGCAAUGAUAUCUUGUUGUGACAGAAGUUAUAAACGGCAAGCAGAUGUACGAUGUGUUGCCGUGUCUAUUUAAGCAAUUUUGCGGAAAAUGCGUAUGUAAUCUGAUCGUCCCAGUUUGUGUGUUACUUCGCCCAGAAACUCCCAUAUCGACCAGGAAUGGUGACUGUUGUUUGUGUUGGAGAAUAUAAAGUUUUUCUGUGGACUGCGUGUUAACGCCAGCUUGAUUCUCCGUAAGGGUAAUGAGACUGAAUACAGCAGAGGUGCUAAACAAUGUGAAUGGACGUAUACGUUUGUGACGCUGAUAUGCAUCAUUGCAGCUCACAGGUUCAUGUUUUCCAAGUGACAAAAGUUGGAAGGUGUUUAUAGGUAACAGUGGACACUUGUUUGGUUGUCUACUUACUUUUCUAGUUGUCUCUUGCCACAAUUUUUCGGUGUUCUCACCAAAUUUACGGAAGUGAGGACUGUAAACUACGCUGAAGAAUAGUCUCUUCUUACAUGUUGUGCCAUACUUCGACGGUAGUCUUCAUCAUGACCACGGUUAACUCUGUAAACAAGCGCCCAGUGCGUGCAAAAGGGAGGUAAAAGAAACAUCAUAAAUUGAUGAAGACCUGUUUGUGUGUAUUAGAAAAAAUGCAGGCUACACAGGUCAGAGCAGCACCAAAAUGACCUGCACAGCGACGUGAAAGACGCCUGUCUUCAUGUGUACCAUGUCUGGCAAGGUGAAAGGAUACCCGGGCAAGUCAGUGGCUGAGCAGGUGGCUGCCCCUCCCCCUCCACGCUAUCAGCCACCCCCACAAGCUCCGGGUGCAGGUAUUCUGAAGCAGCAGCCACAACCACCCCCGUACAUACCACCUAAAGACGCAAAGCUGUACCCUGCCUCUGUGGAGGCAGCGGCGGCAGCAGCAGCCAAACAGCAUCAGCAACAGUACCUGCCGCCUGACCCGGUGCAGGCUCGCUACUACGGACAAGCUGUGGUGGACAGCUACCACGUGCAGGCACAGUAUCCGCCACCACAAGCAACCAACCGCCGUCCUCCUACCGUCCAGCAAACUGCUGCAGCAGCGCACCCUGGACAGCUUGCAGGUGCCCCCGAAAUGCUGAAAUUUGUACGGAAGAUGCCUGGGGCUCCAGUUGCAUCAACACAAACGGUUCCACCUUCUACUGCUGCUGCGAUUGGUGUACCUGAAGCUCAACCGACUCCAUCUCAAGCAUUAGCAGAGCAGGUCAGAAGACUGCAGUCUGAAGUUAGAGCACUGAAGGAAGCCAAUAGAAGACUAAGUGAUGACAACCAGGAACUCCGGGACCUAUGUUGUUUUCUGGAUGACGACAGGCAGAAAGGUCGCAAAUUGGCUCGUGAGUGGCAGCGCUUUGGACGUUACACCGCAAGUGUCAUGCGGCAGGAGGUCUCUGCGUAUCAAAGCAAGUUGCGGGAGCUAGAUGCAAAGCAGCAGGAACUCAUCAAAGACAAUCUGGAGCUUAAGGAGCUAUGCCUGUAUCUGGACGAGGAGCGUGGUGGACAGCAGAAUGGUGUGUGUGCAGCGUGUGGGGCCAGUUUGCGUCCAGGUCUCCGUGACGACGGUGAUGGGUCGAGCUCCAGCACGAAUGCCGACGAGCCUCCUGUGCAGCCCCCUGCGGGAUCUCAAUUUGCGCAUCGCAUUGCCAGCAGUGGGACAAACACGGACCGCACAAACCACCACAGUGCUGGUGCCGGCAGGCACCGUGGCAGUGGAAAUGUUUUCAACGAUCAAAUGAUGCAUUAUGUGCGGUCAUUGGAACAACGAGUGAAGCAGCUGGAAGAGGAGAAGAUAUUACUUCAACAAAAACUGGGUGGAACUGAUGACGGCAUUGUUGCAUCCAGUUGGGACCCUGAUAGUAGUGGCCGACCGGAGGCUGUUGUUCAGGCACUCCAAGUGCUUGAAGUUCGCGAACAGCUGGAAAGAGGUAGCAAUGGGCCUCAUCCUUCCUCCACUUACAUUCCUCACCAGCAGCAGAAUCCCACAGCUGCAAGUACAAUGAAUGCGGCAGGAGAUGAUCUUGAUGAUGGUGAGAAAGCACUUGUCAGGGAGAUGUGCAAUGUUGUUUGGCGGAAACUUGAAGAAGGCCCAGGUCAGCGAAGAUAACUUGUUGAAUAUAAUUCAGAUGGAAUCUCCUGUUGUUAAUUGUAAUUUGUAUGCCUAUCAGAGAGUAUUUUGUUAAUUAUUUAUUAUUAAACCCAGUAUUUUUGAGGCUGUCUGAUGAUGUUAUUGACUUGUUGGAUAUUAAAUCAGUAAAGAGUUAAUGAAAAGUGGCAGUUGUCUCCAUAAUGACUGCAAGAAGUGGAUGUAUCUUAAGUGUUUCUUAUAUCCCACCACAGUAUUUACAAGUUACAAACUGUACAGGGUUAUUAUAUGAGAUGUGACACAUUUUAAGAGUUUGUAUAUAUUUUUAACUCAUGUAUGUGAAUAUUGUACCAUAGUAAGUUAUUUUUAUAUCUGUUAUCUCUGUGCAGUACAAUAAUUACCACCCAGUCCUAUUUUGUAAAACCCAUUAUAGAAGUCAGUGCCUCGUCACUUCUUAUAUAUGUAAAUUGACUAUUUUUAUAGUUCUGUUCUUUAACAGAAGUGCUCAGUCAGCACUUAGUGUGCCGAAGAUAUUUUUGUGAAAUUAUUAGAGAGAUGUGUAUUCUUGCCUUUCUGAAUGAAAUCUCUGUGAGACGUAUGGACCAAAUGCUAUUAACCAUUGCCUUUUAACAAUAGUACAACUCUGAGAAAGUGGUUUUUGCUUUCCAGAAGAAGGGUAUUAAGAAAGCUGCUAUUGUCUUUGAGAACAUUCUGUGUUGAAAAUUUAUUCUUUAUAUGUCCAAAAUAUAAAUAUGAUUGUUUAUGAA